AUGGCAAUUUCCACUCCAAUCUUGCUGGCAAUCGUUAUAUUGCUUUGCAUCACCCUUUUGACACCAUCUGUUCAUGCGUUUGGCGCUGGUAAUAUCCCAAGCUUCUCCUACUUGGAAGGUAAAGCAUUUCGUCAUGGCGAUAUUGAUGAUACCAUUACCGAAUUGGCCAAGAAAGCUGGAGGUGGCUUACUCGGUCUAGGUGGAGGAAGCAAGUUUACCGGACUGGAUGUCAAGCGCAUUUACUUGGGAAGCUUUUUGGCUGAUUACUCUCAAGCAAUGGACAUAGGAUCUUUGGAAAAAGUGUCUAAACAAAAUAUCUUGAAUAUUAUUAUGGUUAUGGGAUUCAUGGCUUUUGGUUACGCAACGAAAGAAUUUGAGAUCACUAUGGACAGAUUGUCUGUCUACUUGCCAACCGAACAUAUUGAUAACCCAAAAGGAUAUGGAGCUGGUAAAGACCCUCGUCAAAUUGACCCAAGAUUGCGUGGUCCAGUGCGUGAUGUAGAAAUGGAAAUUGACCCUAGAAGUGGAAUGAAGAACUACAUCGCCAACGAAUCCGGAGAUUGGGAUACAAGCAGUGCGCUGGUACGUAAACGCUUGAUCGAAUGUAUCGAAACCGGGCGAAGGGCAAGAGCAUCAGGCGAUGAAGCUAUGCUGUUUGAAGCUUAUCGUCAAUUGGGUCGUUGCUUGCAUACGCUGGAAGAUUUCCCAGCCCACAGCAAUUUCUGUGAGCUAGCCUUGAUUAGAGCUGGUCAUCACCAAGUAUUCUCUCAUGUUGGAGACAAUGUCAAAGUCCAGGCACCUGAUGGACAAAUGGUACCACCGCUCGUGACCGGAACGUUUGGAGGAGCUGAUUUCAUCCACAGCUUGCUCGGUGAGGCCCAAGAUCAUCUUUCAGAAGCAUCAGUUUCUGAUCUUCAAAAGACUGUUCAUGAUGCUGGCAGUAAAGGAUCAAGCCCAAUCAGUGAUCUUUUGGGUUUGCUUCACAACAUUCCUGGAAGUACCAGCAGCGGUCUUUCGCGUGAUGCUGAAUCUCUUCAACAAGGACCUUCACGGGAUCCUGCAACGAUGAACCCGCAAGAAAUCUAUGCAAACUUGUUUAGAAUUUUGAGCUUCCGCGAUAGCGUGAUGAUGUCUAUCGAGAAAACCAUGGAACGCAUUCCCGGUUUGAACUCUUUGGUGGAGAAGAUCAGUAAUUCAGUUUCUGUGUUUGUAUACACUCUGCUUGAGCCUUAUGUUCAACCAAUCGUCAAGCAAGCAUUAGGUGGUUUGCAAGCCUCAAGUCAACAAGUGAUCAACAACGAAGAUCAAUUUGAAGUAUUCACAAACCCGAAUGCUUCUGAUCCAACUCAUUCUAUGUUGAGCAAAGAUCAUUUCGGACUUGUGUUGAAUGAAGUUGGAGGUAAUUUGGGGAUGAUUAUCGUUCGUCACUGCGUACCAUUGGUGGUAAAGGCAUGGGAUGAUCCCAGCUCCGAUCCAAAACAAACUGCUGAUGAAUGCCUUGCUGUUCUCUUUCACCCGAACUGGUUCAACCCAAAUCAUUGCCACCCUGUCCAGGCCAGGAUGAUGGGAUUCGUGGAAGAGUGGGCACGAUCCAAUUCCAGCGAGGUACGCAGAUUGGACAGAGAGUCUGUCCGCGCUCAUCGUAACACACGUUCAGGUAAUGCAGAACCACACAGUCAUGGUGGUAACACGUACGGUGUUUCUGUUGAAGGACAACAAGGAUAUGAUACAGGUUCGGGAAUGGCCCAUCAAUUCCAAGGUUAUAUCGGCGGAAAGAUUAGCAAUGCGAUGGGCGGUCAAAAUUUCCCUGGCAUGGGUAAUUUCCGUGAAGUACCUGAAGGAUCAGAAGGAAGAAGUGAACAAGAGUCUACUUAUCCCCACUUCCCUUCCCAUGAACAGCCAGACUCGCAACAUCAUCAAAAUCCUGAUUAUGACGCACCUUAUCACCAACAAGAAUCAGAACAUCAAAAUUCGCAUUAUGAUGCCCCAUCCUUCCCGCCUCCUCCAUCUGAGUUCCCCGAACCGCAACAACCGUGGCAACAAGGAGGUCAAUACGAGCAACAACCUUUUGGUGAAUCACAGUACCCACAACAAGGCUAUCCACAGGAAGGCUAUCCGCAACAAGGCUAUCAACCGGAAGGCUAUCCGCAACAAGGCUAUCAGCAAGGCUACCAGCAAGGAUAUCAACAACAGCCUCCUUACAAUGCUCCUGGCUACCCACCCAAUUACUUCAAUACGCCUCUUCGAUCACCUCCCGGCCACCCGAACAAGAAACCGAGUCAACCUGCCCCUUUGGAUCCCGGAAAGACUACUCGGCGUUCAUGGUAUUUGUGUUUCUUACGUUCCACCAACGGAUAA